AUGGACCAGCGGGCGGCUAAGGUGGGACAUCGAAAGUCACGCAAGGGGUGCAGCAAGUGUAAGAUACGGAGAGUGAAGGGGGACGCAGACGUGUUUUUAGUGCCGGAGUCGGUGGCGGACGAGUUCUCGCUACCAGAAUCGCGGGCGCGGCGGCUGAUGGAGCACCGGCUGAUGCAGAACUACAUCCUGCACCUGUCGGAGCCACUUCCAAUGUCGCCGAGCGCAGAGUGGAACGCGCUGUGGCAGAAGCAGCUACCUCCGCUGGCGCUGCAGCACGACAACCUGCUCUAUGCGCUGCUAGCGAUGUCAGCGACGAGUCUAUUGGGGGCUGGGGAGGAUGAGAGCAGGAAGGGGGACGAGCAUGGAAGUGGUGACUCGAGCGGAAGCUCUAGUGAGACUUCCAGCGGUAACUCUGGUUCCGGCAGCAAUGUCGAGCGGAAGGAGCUCUUCACAGUCCGGCAGGCGUACUUGAUCGCGGCCAUGGGCGAGCAGCGACGCAUGGUGCAGUCGCUGACGCUGGCGAGUGCAGACGCGGUCUGUCUCUCGUCGCUGCUGAUGCUGAUCAACGCGUUUGCGAUGCUGGGCGAGCGCGUGGUCCAGCCGUACACGCCGCCGACCGAGUGGCUGCAGCUGGGUCGUGGCUCAGGUGCCGUUGUCUGGCUCAGCGUCGAGGCCAUCCAGCAGUCGGGCGAGGCCGAUCGGUCGGUCAUGUGCACGAUUGCAAACGCGCCUCCGCAGUUUGGCCUGGACGAGUCGUACUUUGACGCCAGCAACCGGGAGCAAUUCGGGGCUCUUUUGGCGACGGAGGCGACGACAGCCUCGGCUUCAGAACCGUCCGAUCCUGACGACGAGACCACACGCCUGGCCUACGAACAGACGCUCGCAUAUGUCGGGUCCAUCUACAAGGCCAUCCGGCGCCGUGAACCCGUCUAUGUGAUAUCCCGUCGCGUCCAGGGCUUCACCAUGGUGGUUCCGCCGCGAUUUGUCGACCUCGUCGCUGCUAGCCGCCCCCGCGCCCUCGUCGUGCUUGCCUAUUUCUUCGCCGCCGUCGUGCAGCUGUCGGGUGUCUGGUGGCUUGGUGAGGGUGCUGGUGCUGGCCGCAACUGCAUCGCCAGACGCGAGCUGCGCGGCAUCCGCUCUGUCCUGCCCGACGAGUGGACGGGCCUCAUGGUCUGGCCGCUGGACAUUGCCGGCCUGAUGUGA